CUACAACUUCCAGGGGUAUUUUGAAGCCGAUGGAGUUAACCUUGUAGUAUACGCCUGAAGAAAGACUUAUGAUCGACAUUAGAAAAAUAUCCAUAAAAAUCACAGGACCUUCAUGUACAGUCGUUUCUGAAAAGACAUUAAUAACAAUUGGUCGCAAAAGUCAUGUUCCUGUCGACGUAUGUCUUAACGAUUCUGAAUGCGUAUCUCGCAAACAUUUGGAAAUACACAGAAAAAACAAAGACAUCUAUCUCAGGUGUCUCAGCAAAAACGGAAUUUUUAUCGAUGGAUUGUUUCACAUGAAUAGACCAGAUUUUGUUUUGCUAUCCGAUGGAUGUAAACUAAGGUUCCCGAGUACUAAUAUAGUGCUUGUUGUAGAGGUGGUGGAACUAGAAUCUUUCUGCCACCCUAAGAAAAGAGCUUUCUGGCGGUCUCCACAUGACAUCACUAGACUUGGGGACACUGCACUGGCUUUCAAUGAACAAAGUGUUCGAAGAGUUACAGAAGCGCUUAAUUCAUCCUGUCUAGAAUCCAAAGGAUUUGAGCGGAAACCUUUCAGUGAAGUAAUUGAUGUUCAACCUACCGCUGCUGCUCUCCCUCCUGCUGCUUCUGGAGAAACAAACGACACUACUACUACUACUACUACUACUACUACUACGUGUAAUAAGGCAAAAAUUAGUGAACAAAACACCGUUCCAACUCUAUAUAAUUAUUCUCCAUCUACACUGGAACACUACCGGAACGCCUUCAUCCCAAUUAGUGUCCAAGCGCCAAUUAAACCUUUGUUUGUACAAACAGAUGAUAAUCUUAGUAUUCCAGUUAUAAAAGCAGCUACAACUGUCUUACAGAAUUUCAUUCGAAAUGAUAAUCAAUCCACGCUACCCUUUAAUAUGGACGUCGAUAGCAUAUUACAAAAUGAAGAAAAUUCUGAUCUAGCGACAAAAAUGAAUAAUAUCGCUAGAUUGUUUGCCUUCAAUUCACUUGCCCAAUUAUCGGAGUUCGGUGCACACAAACAAAGUAGUACUCCAUCAUUUCCGAGCUUGGUGAAUUUCCCUUUCAGUCAACUUUGUGAUCCAAAUCCCAUGGAAUCUAAUUACUGCACAUAUGAUCACAAUAUUUCAGACCUAAUGAAAAAUCCUCUCACACAACUGAGGUCGUCUGAAGCUGACAUGUCCAUGAAGUUGAACAAUUUCGAUAAAAGUGCAAUAGGAACAGAAGAUUUCGACGAUACAACUACCACGGAUUCAGGUAUUGCUGCAGUCCAUCAUGAUAGUCUUUCGUUUGGUGAAAUACACAAUGAUAAUAAUAAUAAUAAUCACAAUGACAAUAACAAUAAUAAUAUUAGUGAUGCUGGUGGUAAUCACGAGACUGAAUCCAAUGUAAACAAGUUGGCUGCAAAUUUAGCGUCAACAGCAACUAUUGAUCGGGGUUCAGCAUUUCGUAAACCUCCGUAUUCCUAUGCUCAACUGAUUAUACAAGCUAUUGCAUCAUCACCAAAUCAGCGGUUAACUUUAGCUGAUAUCUAUGCUCAUAUUUCACGAACAUUUCCUUAUUAUAAACCUCAUGAAAAAGGUUGGCAGGUAGGUGGCAAUUGUUUUUGUUUUUCUUCUUCUGAAAAUAUUUAA